CUCAAAUUCAAAAACAAAAGCGAGGAUUGAGAUUCAGUUCAGAGUUUGAAUUCAUCCACACACGAAUUUCACGCCAUGGCCGUUCGAGAGGAGGAACUCAUGGAGGACAACGGCACAGAGGAGGCGAAGCGAUUGAUGCUGAAAAUUGCGGCCAUUCUCGAUGAGGCUCGAACAUCAUACGCCACCCACAACCGAAAGCUCAAGGAACUGUCACUCCUCCUAUCCAAAUCCUCUUCUUCUUCGGUCUUCUUUUCCGCCUUCUCCAGAACCCUAACUCCUGUCUUUGACUUCCAGAGGCGCCUUGCCUCCAUUGAACGCGUCGUCUCCUUCGUCUCUGCUCUCGCCGCCUCUUCCUCUGACGAGUUCCUCGAUUACUUCCUCAAGUUUCUCCUAUCUGCCGCUACGGCAUCCAACAAAACCGCCAGAUUUCGAGCGUGCCAGAUCGUCUCCGAGAUAAUAUUGCGGCUUCCAGAUGACGCAGAAGUGAGCAAUGAGCUAUGGGAUGAGGUGAUUGAGUGGAUGAUGGUGAGGGUACGGGACAAGAUUCCUGUUGUGCGUACUUUUGCGGUUAGAGCACUUUCACGCUUUGUGAACGACUCUGUGAAUAGUGACAUCCUUGAUUUGUACCUCGAGGUGCUCCCUUUGGAACAGAAUGCAGAUGUUCGGAAGAUGAUUGUGUUAUCUUUGCCACCUUCUACUGCAACCUCUCAUGUUAUCAUCGAUUGUACCUUGGAUGUGAGUGAAUCUGUACGCAAAGCAGCAUACUGUGUUCUAGCUAAUAAGUUUCCUCUUCAAAGCUUAAGUAUUAAACUCAGGACAUUAAUUCUUCAGAGAGGACUUGCUGAUCGAUCUCUUGCUGUCUCAAAGGAAUGUUUUAAACUAUUGAAAGAUGAAUGGCUUACGAAGUCUUGUAAUGGUGAACCUGUAGAACUUUUGAAGUAUCUUGAUGUUGAAACCUAUGAAUCAGUUAGUGAGUCUGUGAUGGAGGCACUUCUUAAAGCUGGUUUAGUAAAACUACAAAAUGGGGCAAGUAUACAGCAGUACAUAUCGUCAAAUGGUGACAGGACAGAAGGAGAUACGAUUGAUUGCCCACCAAGCAUUCAGCUGAUGGAAGCAGAGGCUGCUCUUUAUUGGAGGACUGUUUGCAAGCAUUUACAGUCAGAAGCGCACGCAAAAGGUUCUGAUGCUGCAGCAACAAUGGGCACUGAAGCAGAAGUAUAUGCGGCAGAAGCAUCAGAUAGAAAUGACCUUCUAGAAAAAAUUCUUCCGGCAACAGUUAAUGAAUAUAUUGAAUUGGUCAGAGCUCAUAUAAAUGCCGGGUCAAACCAUCGGUUUGCGACUCGGCAGCUGCUUUUGCUUGGUGCCAUGUUUGAUUUUUCCGAUGCUACAAAUAGAAAGGCUGCUGGUGCAUUUUUGCACGAGCUUAUGUGCAAGUGUCCUGAGCAUGAGGAGGACGAUGAAGGGAAUAUAGUUGUUCUAGGAGAUGGAUUAAGUUUUGGUGGAGACAAUGAUUGGGCUGAAGCUGUAGCCAGUUUCGCAAGGAAAGUCCAUGCCGCUGCUGGUGAAUUUGAAGAAGUUGUUCUUGCAAUCAUUGAAGAGCUCGCCCAACCUUGCAAGGAGAGAACAGCAAAUCAUGUGCAGUGGAUGCACAGCCUCUCUCUAACUGGUCUUUUGCUAAAAAAUGCAAAAUCACUGCGAAUACUUCAGGGCAAGGCCAUUACGCCUGAUGAGCUACUCCAAACCUUACUACUUCCUGGGGCCAAACAAGCUCACUUGGACGUGCAAAGGAUUGCAGUCAGAUGCCUUGGUCUUUAUGGCCUUCUGGAAAGGAAACCAAGUGCAGAACUUUUGAAACAGUUGAGGAUUUCAUAUAUUAAGGGGCCACAUUCAAUCAGUAUAGAGGCUUGUAAAGCAUUAAUUGAUCUUGUAAUGUGGAAUGGACCUGAAGAAGUUGACAAGGUGUUAAAGCUCAAUAUUCCAUGCCAAAUAAACAGUGAGAAGUCGACCUUUUGUCCUGUGAACAUUUCUGAUUCAGAAGGGGAUUUAGAUAUUGAGACGCUUGAUAUCUUAUAUGGGGGCUUUGAAAAUGAUGAUUGGUCGAGUCCUUUACCUAGCAACGAAGAUGAAUGCGUGCAUGCUAUACUUGGAGAGGGAUUUGCGAAGAUUCUUCUUCUAAGUGACAACUAUCCUAGUUUACCGAUCUCUUUGCAUCCUAUUCUUUUAUCAAAACUCAUUUACUUGUAUUUCAGUGAGGUGUCGGAACACUUGCAUAGGUUGAAGCAAUGUUUGUCUGUUUUCUUUGAGCUUUACCCAUGUCUCUCGACCAAUCACAAGAGGGGCAUAGUGAAGAGUUUCAUGCCAGUAAUGCGUUCAAUGUGGCCAGGAAUUUUUGGCAAUUAUGCUGGUUCUAAUUUUACGGUGUCUCAGAUGCGUAAGCGUGCUGUUCAAGCUUCCCGUUUUAUGCUUCAGAUGGUGCAGAUUCCCCUGUACGUUAAAGAGGCUCAACCUGACUGUGAAAGUACUACCACGGAACAGCCACAAGUCACAGAUAAAUGUGCAGAAGUUCCAUUUGAUUGUGGUGAGGAGGGGCUUGCACUACGCAUAGCCGUAGAGGUGGUGAGCUUUCCAUCGAAGAAGACAGCUGCUGAGAAGGCUUACGUGUCCGCUUUAUGUAGAAUACUCGUUUUGCUUCAUUUUCGGAUAUCAGAACAAGGGCCAAUAAAAUGUAUGAGGAAGCUUUUGUAUCACGUGGUUGAAUGUGUAUCUUCAGAGAAAGACCUAGUUAAAGAAUUGAAACGCAUGUCUGAGCGUCUCAGGACAGUUGAUAGCCUCCCAGAUCAGGAAUUGUUGCAAGAUGACGUUAAGCUUAUUUUGGGAAAAUUAGAACUUGACUGUGACCUGGAUUUGGAUGGCCCUGUUUCAAUGCCACAAACACCAGCUGCACCCGUGACCAGGCCAACACGUUCCAGGAGAAGGGUGAGGAUUGAGGAAGAAAAUUCUGACGAAGAAUCACUUUCUGUGGUUCCAACCACCCAUCAUACUGUAAAAAGUCGCUCAGAGAGAGCAAGCAAAACCGCAGCAAUUAACAAAAUGUCUUCUGCUAGUAGAUCGCUCAAAAUUGAUGAAAUUAAUGAACAGGAAGAAGACUCUGAUGUGACAUCUGACGAUUCUGAUGCAUCCGAUUAGUACUGUCAAUAUGUACCUGAUGUGAUACAUCUAAUAGUCUUUACUUUGUUAACAUCAUGUUGUUGUAUUGUUUGAAUACUUAGGUUGCAGGUUCUGUACAGAAGAGUGCAUCAUUAGUUUAGCUUGCAUUUAACUGUAAGUCACAGUACAUAACAGUACUAGUACCCCAACGAAUUGGAGUGAAUUGUGUUUAGGAAUUACUUCGUUGGCUUUCUUCUAUGUCAUUGUUGUAUGAUAUGAAAUGUUGGUAGUUUCAGGCGAUUGCUUA